UUGGUCACCCCACAUCGUGAAGAGAGGGAAAGGAAAAGAACUUGGAUUGAGAAAGAGCUGCCUCCCUCAAGGAGAUCGAUCAGCAGGCUCCAGCUAGAGAGUUGCUCUUAGAUCGAUUUCUCAUAUUCUCAUACAAUGGGCAAUAGCUUGAGAUGCUGCCUAGCUUGCGUCCUACCCUGCGGCGCGCUGGACCUGAUCAGGAUCGUCCACCUUAGCGGCCGCAUCGAGGAGUAUGGCCGGCCGGUCGCCGCCGGCGAGAUCCUCGCCGCCAACCCGAACCACGUGCUGAGCAAGCCGUGCUCGCAGGGCGUCGUGCGGAGGAUACUCAUCGUCUCCCCAGAGUCUGAGCUGGAGCGCGGCGAGAUAUACUUCCUCAUCCCGGCCUCCUCAGUGCCGGAGAGGAAGAAGAAGGCCACCUCGCACGCCGGUGCCGCUGGAGGCCACGACGGCAAGACCAGCGGACAUGUCAAGAGCAAGGCAUCUUCCGAUCGUGGAAGUGGCCGUCCUCACGUGGGCGAUGUGCCGUCGGAGAAGAGGUCUUUGCAUCGGCGGCGGACGAGCACCGGCGGCCGGACAGCUGUGUGGAGGCCGCACCUCGAGUGCAUUGUAGAGGGCACUUGACCAGUAGUGGGCUAGUGAAUUUUUGUUCUUCCUUUUCUUCUCUUCUAUCUUUGGCAUGGGUGUCAUUUUCUCUCUUGUGCGCGCGCAUGGUUGAUGUGUAUGCUUCUUUGCAACUUCUUUUUUGUAAGUGUACAUCCAUGUAAUGUUUUCCCCUUCCUGCAUAUAUACGAUGGAAAUGGAGAGGGAGUGUCCUGAAUUAUUUCU